AUGCCCGGCUUCGACUUCUCAAACUACAACCGCAAUGCGGCCCUCCACGCCCGAGGUGUCCCUCUCCCUAAGGCGACGAGCACAGGUACCACCAUUGUGGGAUGCAUAUUUGACGGCGGUGUUGUGAUUGCCGCCGAUACAAGAGCAACCUCGGGCCCCAUCGUCGCCGACAAGAACUGCGAAAAGCUGCACUACAUCGCCCCUCAGAUUUGGUGUGCAGGAGCCGGUACCGCCGCCGACACCGAGUUCACCACGGCGAUCAUAUCCUCCAACCUCGAGCUCCACGCCCUCUCCACGGGCCGCAAGCCCCGCGUCGUCACCUGCAUGACCAUGCUCAAGCAGCACCUCUUCCAGUACCAGGGCCACAUUGGCGCUUACCUCGUCGUCGCCGGCGUCGACCCCACGGGAACCCACCUCUUCACUGUCCACGCCCACGGUUCCACCGACAAGCUCCCCUACGUCACCAUGGGCUCCGGCUCCCUGGCCGCCAUGUCCGUCUUCGAGACCCAGUGGAAGCCGUCCCUGACCCAGGACGAGGCCGUCAAGCUCGCCAGCGAGGCCAUCCAGGCCGGUAUCUUUAACGAUCUCGGCUCCGGAAGCAACGUCGACGUCGCCAUCAUCACAAAGGACAAGACCACCCUCAAGCGCGGCUUCGUCAAGCCCAACGAGCGUAGCGCCAAGCUCAAGAGCUACGCCUUCCAGAAGGGCACCACGGCCGUGCUCAACGAGAAGAUUAUCAAGAAGAACGAGAUUGGCCGCUACGUGAGCGUAACGGAGGUGCCGGCCGGUGAAGCGAUGGAGGUUGAUACCUAG